GUCUGUAACUGCUGUAUAUGUGUGUCUUUAGAUUCAACUUGUGUCUGUAGCUGCUGUAACAGGGUGUCUUUAGAUUCAACUUGUGCCUGUAUCUGCUGUAUAUGUGUGUCUUUAGAUUCAACUUGUGUCUGUAGCUGCUGUAUUUGUGUGUCUUUAGAUUCAACUUGUGUCUGUACCUGCUGUAUAUGUGUGUCUUUAGAUUCAACUUGUGUCUGUAGCUGCUGUAACAGGGUGUCUUUAGAUUCAACUUGUGUCUGUAGCUGCUGUAUAUGUGUGUCUUUAGAUUCAACUUGUGUCUGUAGCUGCUGUAACAGGGUGUCUUUAGAUUCAACUUGUGCCUGCAUCUGCUGUAACAGGAUGUCUUUAGAUUCAACUUGUGUCUGUAGCUGCUGUAACAGGGUGUCUUUAGAUUCAACUUGUGCCUGCAUCUGCUGUAACAGGAUGUCUUUAGAUUCAACUUGUGUCUGUAGUUGCUGUAACUGGGUCUGCUGUAACUCAAUGUCUUUAGAUUCAACAUGUGCCUGUAGCUGCUGUAACUCAAUGUCUUUAGAUUCAACAUGUGCCUGCAGCUGCUGUAACUCAGUGUCAUUUGAUUCAACUUGUUCUUGUAGCUGCUGUACUUCAGUGUCUUUAGAUUCAACAUGUGCCUGCAACUGCUGUAACUCAAUGUCUUUAGAUUCAACAUGUGCCUGCAGCUGCUGUAACUCAAUGUCUUUAGAUUCAACAUGUGCCUGUAGCUGCUCUAACUCAAUGUCUUUAGAUUCAACAUGUGCCUGUAGCUGCCCUAAUUCAAUGUCUUUAGAUUUAACAUGUGUCUGUAGCUGCCCUAAUUCAAUGUCUUUAGAUUCAACAUGUGUCUGUAGCUGCUGUAACUGGGUGUCUUUAGAUUCAACUUGUGUCUGUAGCUGCUGUAAGUGGGUGUCUUUAGAUUCAACUUGUGCCUGUAGCUGCUGUACUUCAGUGUCAUUUGAUUCAACUUGUUUUUGUAGCUGCUGUAACUGA